UAAUUUGGUGAUGUCUAAUCACCUAAAAGACAAAAAGCUAAGCUGAUAUUCUAUAGGAAACCAAGGCAAAAAUUAGAGAGGAUCAGCAUACUAAUCAGGCUUCUGGUACUCUACCAGGAGGUAAAUGAGUCCAUAAGGAUCCAGAUGUGCUUGGAAAGAUUGAAGAGUGUGAAAAAGUCAUAAAAGAUCUAGCAGAAUCUAAAGAAUUAAAAUAUAACUAUAAAAUUUUAGGUUAUUGUUAAGACUUAAAAUUUCAAUGAAUAUUGCAAAAUCUGGUGAGACUAAGCAAGAAUGGAUACUCAUUUAUCAAAAUUCUUAGAGCAUAGAGAAAGACUUGAAUAUUUAUGAGGGAUUUUAAGUGAGAGGAAUAGACAUCAAGAAACAUACAAAGACCACCCCACCAAAGUAGAUUUCCCUCACAAAUGAUGUUCAAACUCUUGAGUAUGAAAGAGAGACUAGUCCUAUAAAAUUGAUGGAAUUCACACCUACUCAGCAGUUAAUG